AUGUGGAAGCCGGGGUAUGGGAAAGGGGGAGACCUCGAAGCGGGGGAAGCGUCGGUGCCUCUUUACCCGAUGAUGCUGGAGAGUCCCGAUCUACGAUGGGCCUUCAUUCGGAAGGUUUAUUCCAUCCUCAGCAUUCAGCUGCUGCUCACCGCCGUCGUCUCGGCCGUAGUCGUCUCCGUCCAUCCGAUCUCCCAUUUCUUCGUCUCUUCUGGCCUGGGGCUUGCCGUCUACAUCGUCAUCGUCUUCCUCACAUUCAUCCGUGAGUAGCGUCUUCAUUCUCCUGAAUCCUUUGUUUGAUGAUUUUUCCACUAUUUCUUAUAUUUCUUUAUUUUUUUCGUUUUGUUUUUUUUUGACGAAUAAUUGCGCGGGACAUUUUCAGUGAUUCUUCCGCUCCACCGCUACUCCCAGCGCCACCCCGUGAACCUCUUUCUCCUCGCGAUUUUCACGGUUGCGAUCAGCAUUGCCGUCGGAUUAACGUGUGCCUUUACCAAAGGUAAGUACAUCGAAGGAUCCCAAUUUGCUUCCUUCUCUUUCUUCUCUGAAGUAACCUGUACAAAAUCCUUGUUCAAUUUGGUUCUGGCAUAUUAUUUCUGAUCAAUCUUGUUCAUUGGUGGACAUACGGCGACUCAAUCACUAGGGCUAAUUUGGUGGGAUAUCCCUCAACCCACCUUUUGGUCAGCUUCUUGAUAUUUUCUAAAAUAUUCACCGGAAUGUGUAGGAAUGAAUUGGGUUAUAUGGGAUUGAUAAGAGACGAGAUGGCAUUAUAGCAUACAAUUAGAGCUUUCUGAUUAACCAGGCUUUAUUUUGAUUUGGAUCAAUUCUUCUUAUAAUUUUUCCCUGUUUCAGCUUAAGGUUUUCUUUUAUGUGAUUAUCUCUUCAGAAUUUUGCUAUUGCGUACGUGAAAAAAAUACCAUUGCUUCCUUCACCUGUUGCUCAUAAAACGUCCGAACGAUCCAAACUCUCAUUCAUGACCGGGUGUUCUCUAAAUUAGUUUGUUGCUUAGAGGAGAUAUUUUACAGAUUCGGCCCCAUUCCUUGUCUGCCUCUGUUUGAGUACCUUUAAUCAAUCCAAGUUUCCUUAUUCGAUCUAGCAAUUGAUUCUGUGGAUUAUGUGCCAUAUGGGAGGCUAGAGAAUGCCCUAAAAAGCUCGUCUUAUAUCAGUAUAGUUAAAAUGCUCAUGCCUGGCAACAUAAUCCCUGUCUUUCUUGGAGGAAUCCUCAUCACUGGCGCGGCUUUGAUAGAAAUUUCUGUCCUCUCAGUAGAUUCGGGUGUUCCUGAAAUCAUGGAGUUUUGAUGAGGAUGCCAAAUGCUGUAAGAGUUCAUUUAAUCUUCCCCUGUGAAUCUAAGUAGCAGCCUUAGACCCCCAUUCCAGCUCUAAAGUCAACCUUUGAGAUCAUCCUUGGAGACCUUGUGAGGCUGUGCCCAUCUGAUCUAUGAGUUCAUCUUGGCCUCCAAGAUGAUUCCUUCGUUUAAUUUUGAUAAUUAGAAAGAAAAUGUGCCUCCCGUUCUCAUUAUAAGUUUAUUUUUAUUUUUAUUUUUGAUACCAUGACGAACAGGGAGGGUGAUCCUAGAAGCUGCCAUUUUGACUUUUGUGGUGGUGGUGAGCCUCACUCUCUACACAUUCUGGGCCGCCAGAAGGGGCCAGGACUUCAGCUUCCUCGGGCCCUUCCUCUUCGGCGCCCUCCUCGUCCUCAUAGUGUUCGGAUUCAUCCAGGUGCGUUGACUUCUACCACUUUUACACGCAUCUGUGCAUGCAUGAAGACCCUGCGGGGUGGUUGACUUUGUAGUUCGGUGGGGGGUGCAGAUUUUCUUCCCUCUGGGGAAGAUCUCCACGAUGAUCUAUGGCGCCGUGGCGGCCAUCCUGUUCUGCGGGUACAUCAUCUACGACACCGACAACCUCAUCAAGCGCCAUACUUACGACGAGUACAUCUUGGCCUCCGUCGCCCUCUACCUCGACGUGGUCAACCUCUUCCUCUAUCUCCUCACCAUCUUCAGGGCAGCCGAUAGCUGA